AUCAUCGCGUAGCUCAAGAUGAUGCAGCCAUUGUGGGCCAUUGUGGUCCUGCUUCUGCCCCUGAUCCACGGAGAUGUGAGUCACCUGCCCAAGGAAUACAUACCGCCACCGCCCAGUGCGGAACAGGAGCCAUCCACACGGUCUGCCGAUGGCCAGGAGGUCCAGAAGGAUCCAUCUGGUUUCUAUCCCUCCACUGGACUAGCCCUGCCGCCUGGCUAUGCCAUUCCCACGGGCAGCAACGUUCCAGCAUCGCCUGUCCAGGCGCCAAACUUUCCACUGCCCAUCUAUCCACCAUUCUUCGGCUUCGGCGGAGCACCAAUCGAGCAGGGUGGUGGACCCGGCAUUGGACCAGUACCAUCGGCCUAUCCCAAUGGAGGUGCAUUCCCGGGAGGUCCUCCGAAUGCGGCCUUCCAAGUGCCGCCGGGUGGUGCUUUCGGUCCGCAGGCAGGUGGUUUCCCCCAGGCAGGUGGUUUUCCCCAAGCAGGUGGUUUCCCCCAGGCGGGCGGUUUCCCUCCUCAAGGAGCUGGCUUCCAGCCACAAGGCAUUCCCGGCAAUGGAUUCCCAGCGCAAGGAGCUCCCUUCUCCCCACAGCCAGGAGCGUUUCCACCGCAGGCAGGUGCCUUUGGUCCACAGGGCAUACCUGGCAAUGGUGUCAACUAUCCAGGAGCUAACUUCCCACAACAGGGAGGACCCUUCCCAGGAGCCGCAUAUCCACCGGAGUUCCUGACGAACCAGGGACUUCCGCUAACAAAUGCCCAAGGUUCCUUCCAAGGACCCAGUCCCGCUGGUUUCAAUGUGCCCGCGGGUUUCGGCGGACCUGUGCCCGGCCAGAAUCCAUAUCAGCAAUUUGGACCCGGUUUCGGAGGACCUGCUCCGCCGGGCUACUCCGAUGAGUCGGCCAAGGAGCAACCAAAGGACGGAGAGAGGACGUUAGUGGCACCACCAUUGGCCGAUGAUCCAAAGAGUGUGGCGGAUACGGUGUACGCACCAAAUGGCGGCUACGUUUACAAGAGGGCUAAGUAA